AAAUUAUUGCAGGAUUAGCUCACUCCUCAACUGGUGUGCUAAGCAGUGUGGUUAGUGCUAUUCUUUCGUGGAACAAUAUGAGCUUUGCUGGUCCUCCUAUGAGUUCAGGCAGUAGAACAGCUAGAAGUGCACUUCAGUUUGGAAGGACCUAUGUUGUCAGGCCCAAAGGUAAACACCAAGCCACGAUAGUUUGGCUACAUGGUCUUGGUGAUAAUGGUUCAAGCUGGUCCCAGCUCUUGGAGACCCUCCCUCUUCCAAAUAUUAAAUGGAUAUGCCCAACUGCCCCUACUCAACCAAUUGCUAUAUUUGGUGGCUUUCCUUCAACAGCUUGGUUUGAUGUGGGAGAGCUUUCGGAAGAUGCUCCUGAUGAUUUGGAGGGCCUGGAUGCUGCAGCAGCACAUGUUGUAAAUUUGUUGGCAACAGAACCUGCCGACAUCAAACUUGGUGUUGGAGGCUUCAGUAUGGGUGCAGCAACCUCCCUAUAUUCUGCCAGCUGUUUUACUCAUGGAAAUUGUGGGAAUGGCAAUCCAUACCCUGCCAAUUUAAGUGCAGUUUUAGGCCUAAGUGGCUGGCUUCCUUGUUCAAAAACUUUGAAAAACAAGAUAGAAGGAAAUGAUGAAGCUGCAAGACGUGCUGCAUCCUUGCCUAUUUUGCUCUGUCACGGGAAAGGUGAUGAUGUUGUUGUACAUAAAUUUGGUGAGAAAUCCUCUCAAGUGUUGAAAUCAAAUGGAUUUCAGGAUGUGACUUUCAAAUCAUACACUGGGCUUGGCCACUAUACAAUCCCUGAAGAGAUGGAAGAAGUCUGUGCUUGGCUAACUGCAAAGCUUGGACUCGAGGGCAACACUGCAUAAGCAUGCUAGUCUUUCAAGGUUCAAGCAUUAUCUCAGAGGACAAAAGAAACAUGGAGGGGCUAAACUAUGGUAUAAUCAUAACAGUUGUUCUGCAUUUCCACAGUCACGAACAAUAUUUGGUUAGUCAAAGCUGUUCUGGGUGCCGUUUUUAUGUAUGGUGUACUGACGAUGAUUUCUGCAUUUGAUAUUUAUUUGAACCGGUUGGACGUUUAUGCUACCAUAUUGGUGAAUCAUGAGAACAUCUGCUCUGGGCAAUUGUACUUUCAGUCAUGAAAUCAGUAACCGCCUUUUGGUGUAAAUUUCCAGCUUUCUUUCCCUCUACAUGUGUUUUAAAUCUCCAACACACACUUUGGAAUAUCACUAGCCAAGUUAUAAUGAAGUUAGGAGCAAUUA